AGAGGAGGGGCCUCGCAGCUGCGCCCAAACGGAGAGAGGUCGGGGCGCACGGCUGAGGAGCUGAGGCCGGGCCCGCUUGUCCCCGCAGGUGUGCGCAGCGCGGCGGCGCUGGUGUUCGGCGAGCGCUCGGCAGAGCGCGCGGCGCGGCUGCGGACGGCCCUGCCGGCGCUGGCGGCGCUGACGGCGUGCGCGCACGUGCAGUGGGACGCGACCUCGUCCGCCGCCGCCGCGCUCUUCUCGCUCGCCGCGCCCGCGCUGCCCAACGCGCUGCAGCUGCGCGCCUUCGCCGAGCCCGGCGGUGUCGUGCGCGCGGCGCUCGUCGUGCGCGGCCACCACGCGCCCUUCCGUGCCGCCUUCCGCGCCGACGGCCGCUGGCACCACGUGUGCGCCACGUGGGAACAGCGCGGCGGGAGUUGGGUGCUGUUCGCCGACGGGCGGCUGCGCGCUGGGGCGCGGGGGUUGGCCGCGGGCCGCCCAGUGCCGCCCGGCGGCGUCCUGGUGCUGGGCCAGGAUCAGGACUCCCUGGGCGGCGGCUUCUCGGCACGGGACGCCUUCAGCGGCAACCUCACCGACUUCCACCUGUGGGCCCGGGCGCUGAGCCCCUCGCAGCUGCGCAGGGCACAGGCCUGUGCACCGCCUCCAGGUGGCCUGCUUUUCCGCUGGGACCCGGCUGCCCUGGACGUCACGCCGGCUCUGCUGCCUGCCGUGCGGCUGCGCCUGCUCUGUCCCGUGCCCUCAGAGGAGUGCCCCACGUGGAACCCAGGAACCCGCGCGGAGGGCUCCGAGUUCUGCCUGCAGCCGCGGCCCUUCCUCUGCUGCUAUGGGACAGAGACCUACCGGCAGCUGCAGGCCGCCCGGUCAUGGCCCGGCCAGGACUUUAUCCGCCGAGUCAAUGCCUUGGCCAAUGCCACUGUGCUCCUCCCGGACCCCCUCUCCGGAGCCCACGGGGCCCUGUCCCUGGCCGAGGCCUUCAGCUUCCUGGGCAUCCUGGAGAGAGUCCUGGCAGAGGAGGCGGCUCCGCUGGGGCCAGCUGCGCUGCUGGCGGUCUUGCGCUUCCUGAGGAGGGCGGUGGCCCUGGGAGCCGGUGAGCCGGAGCCCUUGCUGGAGCCCUGGGAGCGGCUGGGCCGGGGUGUCAUGUCUGUGGCCAGCCUGAUCCUGGAGGAGCGCUCGGCUGGUGCCUGGCUGGCCGUCCACAAGGUGGUCGGCGGUCCUAUGGUCCUGGUGGCGAGCGUGCAGCACCUGGCACCGCUGCUGAGCACUGUGCUGACCCCCGAGCAGCCCGGGGUGCACAUCCAGCACCGCCAUGCCGGAGUGGUCUUCCUCCACCUGAUGCUCCAGGCGUGCCAGGGCUGCUCUGAUUCAUCUCUGCCUCUCAGGCCAGGCCCAAGGUCAGACUCAGUGAGUGUAGACAGAGCAAGGAGCGGCCCUGGUGGGAAUUCAGGCCCACGCAUGUGUCCUCCAGGUGCCACCUGCCUUCUGGUGACACAUAGGUGUCCAAGACCUGGUGGCCAUGCCCCCACCCCUGGCCCUGGGCAGGUGGCUGGACCUGUGAUGGGGUGGGGAAGGGCCCAGACCCUGCCACCUGGGCCGCUCAGCUCCAAGACCUCCCUCUGGAGGUGCAGCCCCCAGCCCCAUUUCAUCCCAGGCCUGGAGGUGCGGAGCCUGCGCUUGGAGGAGGCCGGUCCCAGGGACUAUGUGUUCACCAUGCCCGGUGGCCAUCCAGAGGGGCCCGGACACAUCCUCAUCCCAGCGGGUGAAGUGAGGCGGCUCUGUGGGAAAGGCCUCGCUGGGGUCACCAUGAUCCACAGCUGGUUCACCUCGAGCAUCUUGCUGUACACCCUCGGGGAGUCUGGCCUCGAGCGCCAGGCCCCCACCAGCACGGGCCAGGCGAGCGCGGUGCAGAGGUCCCAGAGCACCCAGGUCGGCUCAGCGGUCAUCUCCUCUGAGGUGCGGGACGCUGCCGGCGAGGUCAGCACGGCCGUGACCUUUCACCUGCAGCACCAGGCCCAGGCCUCCCCUCAGAGGCUGGUGGAGCCGGUCUGUGCUUUCUGGAACUUCAGCCCUGGCCAAGACGCAGGGGGCUCCUGGGCCACCCGGGGCUGCUCCGUGACUGCCCUGUACCCCGACUCCACCGCCUGCUUCUGCAACCACAGCACCAGCUUUGCCGUCCUGCUGCAGGUGUGGGAUGCCCAGAGAGGCCCCGAGGAGGACUCGCUGCUGCGGACGGUGUCGUUUGUGGGCUGCGGCGUGUCCUUCUGCGCCCUCACCACCAGCUUCCUGCUCUUCCUGGCGGCCGGGGUGCCCACGUCGGAGCGGACCACAGUCCACAAGAACCUGACCUUCUCCCUGGCCUCGGCCGAAGGCUUCCUCAUGGCCAGCGAGUGGGCACAGGCCAGCCAGGUGGCGUGUGUGGCUGUCACAGCCGCCAUGCACUUCCUCUUCUUGGUGGCUUUCUCCUGGAUGCUGGUGGAGGGACUACUGCUGUGGAGCAAGGUGGUAGCUGUGAGCAUGCGCCCUGGCUCCCGGAUGAGGUUCUACUACGCCCUGGGCUGGGGCGCGCCUGUGCUCAUCGUGGCCGUGACCCUGGCUGUGUCCCCCCAUGACUACGUGGCUGCCGGCCACUGCUGGCUCAGCGUGCACACGGACGCCAUCUGGGCCUUCGUGGGGCCUGUGCUGUUCGUGCUGGCUGCCAAUACCUGCAUCCUGGUCCGCGUGGUGCUGGUCACCGUGUCCAGUGCCCGCCGUCGCGCCCACACACUGAACCCACAGCCGUGCCUGCAGCAGCGGCUCCAGAUCCAGAUAUGGGCCACCGUGAAGCCAGUGCUGGUGCUGCUGCCCGUCCUGGGCCUGACCUGGGUGGUCGGCACCCUGGUGCACCUGAGCCCGGCCUGGGCCUAUGCCGCCGUGGGCCUCAAUUCCAUCCAGGGGCCAUACAUCUUCCUGAUCUACUCGGCCUACAACGGGGAGGUGCGCAGCGCCCUGCAGAGGAUGAUGGGGAAGAAGGCAGCCGCCGAGGCGCUCGCGGUGCGGCCAGGCGAGGCCCGAGGGGCAAGAGGCCCCCCCAGGCCCCCCACCCUCUCCUUUCAGCCCUGCUGCAGCCCCUCCGGCCAGGGGCCCAGCCCUCCAAUGGGCAGCCCCUUAGCCUGGGCUCCACCCCGGAGACAAGUGGCUCUCAGAGGGACCCGUGGCCCCAGAAUCCCCACAGCCUUCUCCUCCAUUGCGGAGCCCGAGAGACCGGCUGUGGAGCUGACGGCAUUCAAGGCUUCAGGUAGCGCUGGCACCUCAAAGGGUCCCUCUUCCCUGGGGGCCUGGACACCCCGUCUGCCCCACUAGCAGAAUGACACAGUGUAAGGGGCCCUCCCCUCACCGUGCCCCUUGGUGGGGCCUGAUGGGGCUCCUUCAGAAGCCGUGAAAGGCGGGGCUCCCCCCAGGGGCCACAGUUAGGGAUGGAGACCCCGUCCAGAGGGGGUGCUGCCUUCCUGUGCCCCCCCAGCCUCCCGCCGCGGAGGGCCCCUGUCUUGGUGCCUGGUGGUCUGAGCCGCCUCCCACACCCGUGAGAAACAAGUGCUUUCCUGCCCGGCCUGAAGCAAGAUGCGGUGACCUGUGGCAGCUGGGCAAGCCUGGGGACCCUGCUGGGGCGGGGCCAAAGCCGCGGAAGCUAAGCCGGCUCCAUGGUUCCCCCAACCAUAAACCAACCCGGCGCAGCCUCAAACCCGCCCUUGAGGGGCAAGAAGCGGGUUCCUGGAGCUCCACCUGGGGCCGGGCUCCGAGCUAAGCCCAGACAUCUGCAGCUUCUGAUCCAGGGACCGCAGAGGGGCGAGCCCCCCCAAGUCGCACAGCGGUAGUAACGUGGCGAGGGAGGCGCGGACGCAUUUGCACCCGGGGCUGUGUGGCCCGGCCGCCACGCAUGCCGGGUGCCUCAGUGCCUUGGAGCGCAGCUUCCCCUUCUGCAAAACGGGCCUGGGGCGCCCCCUGCAGGCUGGUCGGGAGGGCGCAGGGCCAGGCACCGGCCGGAGACCGAGUGGGGCCUGAGCGGCCCCUCCCCCCAGCCGCCCCCGCCCCCGCCCCGCAGCGUGGCUGCGGGAACAAGAGCGCUGGCGGCGCCUCUGCGCCAAGUGACAGCGCCUUUGUCUCUGCUGAAUGGGUGCGUUGCUAGAGCCGCCCGUAGCAACGGAGCGGCUUCCACCUCGGCCCCACCCUGCGGACCUGCACCCUGGUCCGGCCCUCCAACCCCCGCAACCCGCCCGGGUGGCCCGAGCGAGAAGUGCGGGGGCCCGCCUCCGCUCCUCCGAAAGCCCAGAGAGCCCUCCAGGCCGUGCGGCCACGCAGGUGUUCUUAGGAUGGAGCAACUGGGGCUCAGGCAGAGGCGCUCGGGCUGGGCUUGCCACCCA